GACGAGACGCCCUGCUGCACACUGAUCGCAGAUAAGAGAGAGAGAGAUGGGGAGGAGGGCGUGCUGUGCAAAGGAAGGGCUGAAGAGAGGGGCGUGGACGAGCAAGGAGGACGACAUCCUGGCCGCCUACAUCAAGGCCCAUGGCGAAGGCAAAUGGAGGGAAGUCCCCCAAAAAGCCGGUUUGCGGCGGUGCGGCAAGAGCUGCCGGCUGCGGUGGCUCAACUACCUCCGGCCGAACAUCAAGCGAGGCAACAUCUCCGAUGACGAGGAGGAGCUUAUAAUCCGGCUACACAAACUCCUCGGCAACAGCAGGUGGUCUCUGAUUGCAGGCAGGCUGCCGGGCCGAACAGACAAUGAAAUCAAGAACUACUGGAACAGCACGCUCGGCCGGAGGGCCGGCGGCAGCAGGGUAAGCACGGCCGACGCCGGCGCCUCCCACGCCACUACGGCGGCGUCGGCCAGCUGCGAGACCGGCCAGCAGGCCGCCGCUCCACGCGCGGACCCCGACUCCGGCUCAGCCGAUGGGACGGCCUCGGCGGCCGUGUGGGCGCCCAAGGCCGUGCGGUGCACGGGGGGCCUCUUCUUCAGCCGGGACACGCCGCCCGCGGCCGAGACGCGAACCGGAGGAGGAGGAGACGGAUCGGACGAUUGCAGCUCGGCGGCGUCGACCUUCACGGGCGCCGACGAGCCGUGCUUCUCCGGCGGCGGCGACUGGAUGGACGACGUGAGGGCCCUGGCGUCGUUCCUCGAGUCCGACGAGGAGUGGGGCAGGUGUCAGAUGGCCGAGCCGCUGUCGUAGACAGCAAGUGCGUAGCUACGUAUACGCAUGCCUCCGAACAUAAAUACAUACGUAUAUACGUACGUGUCGAUGUGUGUGUGAUCGCGGUAGUGUCAAGUGUGGCCAUGCUGUGGUGCCUUUUAUUUU